AUGUCACAACGAGCCGUCCACCAGGCGAAGUCCGACACUCCGAAAUGCCCGCAUUACUUCGAACCUUUGAGAGCUGCCGACCUUCAGAAAGACGACGCCUGUGCGAUUUGCAACACUACCUACUUCACCAACAACGCAGACGGAAAUCGCGAGAUCCCGGUCCGACUUACCUGCGGCCAUGUGUACGGGGAAGCCUGCAUCUCCAAGUGGAUCGCCUCAAACAAAAGCUGCCCAUAUCGAGACCCGCUCGCCCCUAUCCAGUCACAGACCUGCUCGGCGUGCCUGCGCUGGGAUCGCAACCGCGGCUCGCGAUCCCACACCGUCAUCGCCGUGCACGCUCACGAGAUAUUCCGGGCCUUCAAGGAGAAACUCGAGGAGCGGGCCGAAGACAAUAAGAAGCUCUUUGGCAUCGCCGCUGGCGCCAAGGCCAAGCUCCUCGCCGAAGUCCAGCGGAAGCUCAAAGAGUACGACAGGCAAUUCCACCCGCCCGCGGCUUUUGCGAGAAUGAUGGACCCAAUGCUGAGCGCGUUCGACAGGGCCAAAGUGCGCCGGGAGUUUGGGAAGGGGCUCUUCAAGCCGGUUCCGUAUGCAGGGCCGUCUAAGCGGCUUACGUGGUCCGUGGAUGUCAUCGAGAACGGGGACUUAGACAGCGGGAGAGCAAUUCCAUGGAUCACCCAAUGCAUCCGUGAGUGGGCUACGGAGAUGCUGGAGGAGUUCUCCCAUGAGGGGCACGAUCAUAUCCAGGAGGGAUACGAGAUUGGAGGCAGCUCGGGCGAUGUGAUCUGGGCCGUGAGGGACAUCGUCGGACAUCGUCGUAACGGCAAAGACACAGUGACCUACAAGGUUCGUUGGGAAGGCCAUGAGCAUUGGGAUGAGCCCGAAGAGAAGCGGUGGGUGCCGGAAGAGGACUUCGCCAAUCACGCUAUGCACAGGCAUUACGAUGAAGCCCAUGGACUCCCACCUUACCGCCGUGGGGUCGACGAUGGUCUAUGCAAGGGGUGGUUCCAGCAAAGAGCGCUCCCAGAGAUCCGGCUUUGA